ACGCCGUACGCUCUCUCCAGUCUCCAUUCCGUGUGCGACCGACCAAGCAAGCCAUGUAUAUCUAGAGAGAGAUCUUUUCCCAUCCUCUGAUUUUCCUUCUUGUGUUCGCUCAGACCAUCCGACUUGGGGUUUCUUCUGCUACAGUCUACGAGUCGAAACCCAAAUCUUCGGAUCAGGUCUGAGCAUUCGAGUUUAGUGCAAGAUAUUUGUGGUCGUUAAUUCUCGCCAACUUCAUCAGCCAAGUUUAAUGUCUGAACUUGACAUCCAGAUUCCUACUACUUUUGAUCCUUUUGCUGAGGCAAAUGCUGAAGACUCUGGUGCUGGAUCAAAAGAGUAUGUGCACAUUCGUAUACAACAAAGGAACGGUAGGAAAAGCUUGACAACUGUGCAGGGGUUGAAGAAAGAAUUCAGCUACAAUAAAAUACUGAAGGACCUCAAGAAGGAAUUUUGCUGCAAUGGUACUGUUGUCCAGGAUCCAGAACUAGGCCAGGUUAUUCAGCUUCAAGGCGACCAGCGGAAGAAUGUGUCUACCUUCCUUGUCCAGGCUGGCAUAGUGAAGAAGGAACAUAUCAAGAUUCAUGGUUUCUGAGUUACAGCAAAUCAAUUGAUUGCAUUGGUGUUUACUAUAUCUCCUGUUGUGCUGGUUCUGUGUAGUCGUCUUGGACUGAAGAUUGUAACCCUUGUUAUAUAACAUCAUAGCUAUGGUGGUUUGAUAGGAGUUAUGCUUUUGUUUUUCAGUUUCUUAUCAACUGUGAUUUGGAAUGGUUGUGGGAUAUUUGUUUGUUAUUAAUACUAUGAAAAAUAGGUACUAUUUUGAAAAUUUUGAAACAAA